GACGCCGACGUUUCGGUCCUGCUGGACCGACGAACUAUUGUGUUGUCAACAGUUGUGCUUAAGUGUGAGUGUUAGAUCGAGGCUCGCUGACUGGAUGUUGCAGCGUGCAACAUUAUAUAUGUUCGUGUAGGGUGAUCACGUCUCCAACCUUCCCUCAGGCAUCACAGACGGCAGAAUAUAUGGUGUUGCGGACAGCCUUCAAAUCCAGAGCACUCUGGCUGGGGCUCUCAAGUCCCGUCCAGGUGCCGUACCCAUCUGACCAACAUCACACCGCUCUCAUAAAUGUAAGUCUGAAGACUGAGCAGGAUCUGGUUGGGUAUUGCUGUAAGGUUGAAGGCAAACACUAAAUUGCCCCGGUGGAAGCCGACGGAGGUUACUGGCUGCUCGGUGGAAGCCGACGGAGGUUACUGGCUGCUCGGUGGAAGCCGACGGAGGUUACUGGCUGCUCGGUGGAAGCCGACGGAGGUUACUGGCUACCCCGGUGGAAGCCGACGGAGGUUAUUGGCUGCUCGGUGGAAGCCGACGGAGGUUACUGGCUGCCCCGGUGGAAGCCGACGGAGGUUACUGGCUGCCCCGGUGGAAGCCGACGGAGGUUACUGCCUGCCCCGGUGGAAGCCGACGGAGGUUACUGGCUGCCCCGGUAGAAGCCGACGGAGGUUACUGGCUGCCCCGGUGGAAGCCGACGGAGGUUACUGCCUGCCCCGCGAGAUGCCAAACUGUUGGUAGUGGGAAGUUGUCGCCGGCGGGACACGGACCUGCCUGGUACGCCAAUCCAUCUCGUGGUUUAUAAUUUGAUUGAGAAGCAGCGAGAGGUGGCAGUGGAAGGCACAGCAGAUGGCAGCUACCUGGAGGAAUGAAGGAGGCCUACACCGGAACCUCUUCGGCUAUAUUCUGGUGAUGGUGGGGUGGCGUCGCAGCGCUCUGGUCCGCGGCAGCGUCCUGCUGAACGUGGUGUUCGCGCUCUACGUGGCCAUCCACGUGGUGUCGCCCCCCCGCCUCCUGGCCCCCCGCGCCCCCCUCGCCCUCCUCCACGACAACCUCACCACCUCGCCCGACCUCGCCGACUACCCGACUGAGGGCGCCGGCGACGCCAUCCCCGACGAUCCCUCCGACCCUCCGGUGCCGCCCACGCCCGCGCCCACGCUUCAAGAGAAGGUGUACCCGGACCUACACGCCUGCCACACGCCCACGUUGACCGCACGCCCCGCCCUGCACGGCACACAUUGGGUGCUGUACAACUUCGUGCCGGCCGACACCCAGCCGGCGUGCAACGAGUCGGUGACGUACACGACGCACGCCGACUUCACCUUCCUGGACAACGUGGUGCCGCUGGUGGAGCGGUGGCGCGGGCCCGUCAGCGCCGCCGUCUUCGCCCCCGGCGCCGACUUCAACGCCACGGUGCGCACUGUGGCCUUCCUGCGCACCUGCCGCCCCCUGGUGGCCAAGCACGUCACCUUCCACCUCUUCUUCCCCGCCGACCACAUGCCCGCCCACGUCCCGCCCACCGCCCACCUGCUGGCCCAACGCCCGUCGUGCUCCACGCCGCCCCCGUACCUCGCCGCCCACACCUACAAGCGCGCCCACAACUUGACGUACCCCGUCAACAUAGCGCGCAACAUCGCACGUCGCGCGGCGGCGACGUACUUCGUGCUGGCCAGCGACGUCGAGCUCUACCCGUCGCUCGACUUCAUCACCUUCUUCAUGGAGAUGACGCGACGUGUAGACGCGUCGCGCGCCGCCGCCCCGACGCGACGCGUCUACGUCCUCCCCAUCUUCGAGGUGAAGAGCGGCUUGCGUCCCCCGGCCACCAAGCCCGCGCUGGUGCGCAUGCUCAAGCGCGGGGCGGCCAUACCCUUCCACAAGUUCGUGUGCCCACAGUGCCACAAGGUGCCGGGCAUGCGCGAGUGGGCCGACUCCAACGCCACCGACACCGUUAACGUGGUGAUGGUGGCCAAGCGGCACCCACCUUACCACCACUGGGAACCUAUCUACGUCGGCACCCACCUCGAGCCUCUGUACGACGAGAGGCUCUCGUGGGAGGGACGCUCCGACAAGAUGACGCAGAUGUACGUCAUGUGUGUGUUGGACUACGAGUUCCAUGUGCUGGACAACGCCUUCUUGGUGCAUCGGCCGGGCAUCAAGAGACACCGACGGGACCGCCACAGAGACCUCCUCACGGCGCGCCAGAACUCUCUCCUUCACAACAAAAUAACGCCAGAACUCCACACAAUCUACGGCAGGAGAGGCAUGUGCUUCUUGUAGCGUCCGCAGGGUUCGAGUGUGUAGCCGAGAUGACCUCUCGCCCACACAGUGAGAGGACAAAACUACCACCAGCAGCACCACUACUUCCAGACCUUCCAACACUACUUCCAGACCUUCCAACACUACUUCCAGACCUUCCA